GAUAAAUCACUCUGCGCUGUUUGCAGUGUAGGCGCCAAUGCCUCUGCUUUGGAGAAAGAGAUUGGUCCUGAACAGUUCCCUGUGAAUGAGCAUUAUUUUGGCUUGGUCAAUUUCGGCAAUACCUGCUACUGCAACUCAGUCUUACAGGCACUUUAUUUUUGUCGUCCAUUUCGGGAAAAAGUUUUGGCAUACAAAGUGCAGCCUCGAAAGAAGGAAAGCCUCCUGACGUGCCUCUCUGAUCUCUUCAACAGUAUUGCUACGCAAAAGAAGAAGGUGGGAGUCAUCCCACCCAAGAAAUUCAUUUCCCGGUUGAGGAAAGAAAAUGAAUUGUUUGAUAAUUAUAUGCAGCAGGAUGCACAUGAAUUCCUAAACUACCUACUUAACACUAUUGCCGACUUACUACAAGAAGAGAAAAAGCAGGAGAAGCAGAAUGGCAAACUCCAGAAUGGCAGCAUUGAGAGUGAAGAAGGAGACAAGACUGAUCUGACGUGGGUCCAUGAAAUCUUCCAAGGAACACUAACCAAUGAAACCAGAUGUCUUAACUGUGAGGCUGUUAGUAGCAAAGACGAGGACUUUCUGGAUCUAUCGGUUGAUGUGGAACAAAAUACAUCAAUUACACACUGUCUAAGAGGAUUUAGUAAUACUGAAACUCUCUGCAGUGAAUAUAAAUACUAUUGUGAGCAGUGCCGCAGUAAACAGGAAGCACAGAAGAGAAUGAGAGUGAAAAAGUUGCCCAUGAUUCUAGCCCUGCACUUAAAAAGGUUCAAGUACAUGGACCAGCUGCAUCGAUACACCAAACUCUCCUACCGGGUAGUCUUUCCCUUGGAGCUCCGGCUCUUUAACACUUCAGGAGAUGCUACAAAUCCUGACAGAAUGUAUGACCUCGUGGCUGUGGUGGUUCACUGUGGCAG